AUUCUUUAGCACACAGUAUAAUCUACUUCCUUGUUCUAGAACAAUAGCUCUGUACCAAACUCUAGGUUAAGUUAACCUGCUGGGAGCUGGGUGCGUCAGAAAAGGAAUGUGAAGUAGAUGAGCAGGAAUAUCAGGGGACUCACAACUUUAACAGUCAGAGUUUAGCUGCUGUUGGUAGCGAAAUGGCGCAGCAAAACUCUCCGCUGGACCGGGACAGAUACUGCUGUUCAAUCUGUCUGGAGCAGCUGUGUAAUCCAGGGACUCUCACUUGUGGCCACAGCUACUGUUUGGACUGUAUCAGACAACACUGGGACAAUCAGGCUUUGAGGGGAGUCUACAGCUGUCCCCAGUGCAGACAGACCUUCGAAAGAAGACCAGCUCUGGUAAAGAACACCAUUCUAGCCGAUGUCAUGGAGGAUCUCAAGAGGACACGACUGCGAGACACUCCCCCUGACCACUGCUAUGCUGGACCCGAAGACGUGGGCUGUGAUGUCUGUACGGGGAGGAAGAUGAAGGCCACCAAGACCUGUCUGGUGUGUCUGGUUUCUUACUGUGAGGAGCACCUCCAGAGUCACUAUCUAGUCGCUGGGUUGAAGAGACACAAGCUGGUGGAACCUACAGCAGACCUUCAGAACAACAUCUGCCCCCGUCACAACGAGGUCAUGAAUGUUUUCUGCCGUCAGGAUCAACAAGCUAUCUGUCAUUUGUGUUCCAUUGAAGAACACAGAAGCCACGACACAGUUUCAGCCGAAGCUGAAAGAAAUGAACGUCAGAAGGAGCUCAGCGGGCAUCAGAGAGCUACACAGGCAAGAGUCAAGGAGGUUGAACAAGAACUUGAGGUUCUUCAACAGGAGAUGGACUCCAUCAACCGGUCUGCUGAUGAAGCAGUGAAACGUGCUGAUGAGAUCUCUGCUGAUCAUAUCCGUUCCAUUGAGAGACGAAGGUCUGAAGUCAUAGAAGAGACCAGGACCGAGCAGAAAGCUGGACUGAAGUGGGUCCAGGACCUGAGGAAGAACCUGGAGCAGGAGCUGGUCCAGAUGAAGAGGAGUGGAGAUGACCUGGCUCGUCUCUCCCAGACCCAGAGUCACGUCACCUUUCUACAGAAAUACCCCUGGAACAAUUCUAUCAGGAGGUCCACACGCCGACCCACCAAAGACAACAGCACCCACAUUUCACUAGCAGAGGAAGUGUUACCCCCAGAACAGCCGCACACCAGAGCACAAUUCUUAACAUAUUCAUGUGAAAUGGGCAUCGACCCAAGCACAACUCGCCUGCUUCUGACUCAGAGUAACAGAGGAGUGUUUAAACAAGCUGGGACAGCAGGGGGGUGUCGGAGUAAAGAGAUUCUGACUGGACGUCACUACUGGGAGGUGAAGUGGAGAGCAGGGUUUGUCGCUAUCACUGUGGGAUACAAGGACAGCUCAUGGAUUCAUCAAGGGUUUGGAAAAGACAGCCAAUCUUGGGCUCUGAUUAUUCGGCUGAAUGCUGUUCAAUUUCAACAUAACGGAAUCACCACUCUUAUCCCAGGCCCUCCUCCCUCCAGAGUGGGGGUGUACCUGGACUACAGGGCCGGUACUCUCUGUUUCUACAGCAUCUCUGACACCAUGACUCUGCUCCAAGGGGUCCAGACCACAUUCACACAGCCCCUCUACGCUGGACUUCGGCUGGAUGGACUAACAGCUGUAGGCACUGCAGAGUUCUGCUAUCCUCUGCACACAUGAUGCAGCGUUAUAAACAUAGUGUUACCCUCUCCAGCUAUAGGUUAACAGAUGAUGCAGUGUUGUAUACAAAGUGUUACCCUCUACAGCUAUAGGUUAAAAGUGUUACCCUCUACUAUAGGUUAACAGUGUUAGGUUAACCCCCAAUUAAGAUCAAAUUUAGCUAUGCUCCUAAGGCCAGGGUGUCAUUUGUUGGACCAAGGAAGGCAAGGGGCGGGAUAUGGGUAAGAGUGUGUGUUCAUAUUCAGCCAUUGUGGGCCAGGAACAGGUUUCCAUGUCAGAAAAGAAUAAAGAAUAAGAAUAAAUGUCCCCCUACUCUUUAUUAACCUGCGUGCCUGGUGCUGUGCCUUGACUGCGGUAAAUGGGACCAUGUUGGUGUGUGGACAGGACGCUUAUUCAUAUCUGCCUCCUAAUUGGAGGGAUCAUGUUAAGUUGCCUAUGUAGUGCCGGCUUUUGAUAUUAUGUCAGAGAAACAUUUGAAGGUUAAUGCUACCAUUAGAUCUAAGCGUGAUUUAUUCCAUCAGAAUUUUCCAGUUGCUACUCCAACUCAGAGUUUUUUCUGCUAUCAUUCCACACUAUGGUGUCACAGUUGCUCUUGAUGAGAUUAAAGAUUUUGUCCAUAUUAUUGACGCUAUAGCGAACGCUUCCAGGCAUGGCCUGACUGACUUUAAUCGUGGCUUAGAACAAUGAUUUAACAACAUCAGUAUCUAUCGGACUUCCUUGCUGAGCAUCUUGGAGGGUACUGUUUCUUUAUCGAGCGCAAUUUACACCAGAGAUGUGGCACAUACGUCCCCGAUGCGUCUACGAAUGUGUCUAAUUAUGUACAUGACAUUGUUGAUAAUCUGGCUAGGCUGAAGUCGGAAACGCUGGUUGGUCUUUGGGAUAAUUGCUAAGUGGGUUGGGUGGGUCUAUGUUUUCUCAGAUAGUCCAAAUCUGUUUUGGUUUAAUCAUGAGCAACCUAAUGAGUUUGUUAUUUUGUUUAUUAUAGUAGCCUACACCUGGUUUACUUGUGUAUGAUGAGUAUACCUUUAUGUUUACUAUUGCCUUUUAUGCUUUCUUAUUGAUUUAGUUAAUUGUUUACCAGUAGAUACACUGAAUUCUCAUUUUAAGGGUGAUCUUUAGACUACCUUUAAUAUAAUCACGUGGGAAGAAUGUAGAAUGUUGGUGUAUUUUAGUGUCUCUCUGUGUUCACGUUUCUAGUCUAGAAACAGGCCAGUGCCUCUCACACUGAUACAAGGUGUUAUUUCCAACAUUUCGCCAUUUGAUACGUCUCAACAAGGAUGAACCAACCUGGUCGUCUGGGACAUACCCAGGGCCAUAUACCUUAUCAAGGGUGGGAGUGCUUCUGUUCUCUUGUUAUUCAAGUUUCUUUAUUACAAUACUCGCCCUAACCCUUUGGUUCGGUGAGAAGAUGGAUCGACAGCCAAGGAACACGGCUCGAAACUGCUCCUCAACCGCGAAAACUAUCGAUUAUUCAACCUAAGUCUGUAUCUCGCUGUAUUACAUCCUGGAAUAAACCAUUUAUUCAACCCUCUUAUCCAACCUGUCAAGUUGCUUUGAUUACGACUUCAAGAAUUACUACUACGACGGAAAAUACACAACGCAGAGUCUAUACGAAAAGUUUAGAAAUAAGCUGAAAUCGAACACCCUCAGCAGCUAUAGGUUAACACAUGAUGCAGUUAUAAACACAGUGUUACCCUCUACAGCUAUAGGUUAACACAUCACACCGAUUUUUUGGGGAAUCAGG